AUGUCGGCAACCAUGCUAAGCGACCCAUUGGUAGUUUCACCAGCCGAAACUCAACCUCCUCCGCCGCCGGCGGCCACCGCCACCGCCGAAGUGGAAUCAGCAAGCUGCGACUGCUGCGGCCUGACGGAGGAAUGCACGCCGGCGUACAUCGAAAGGGUACGGGAGAGGUACCACGGCAAAUGGAUAUGCGGCUUAUGCGCCGAAGCGGUGAAAGACGAGAUCGUGAGAACGGAGGAAAGACUGAUAAGCACGGAAGAAGCUCUGAACAGGCACAUGAACUUCUGCAAGAAAUUCUCGUCGUCUCCGGAGCCAACUCCGAUCGACCCGACCCUGCAUUUGAUCUCGGCCAUGCGACAGAUCCUGCGGCGGAGUUUGGAUUCGCCGAGGUCGUCCCCUCGAGGGCCGAGAUCUACUCCCGGGAGCCCCACGACGAAGUCUGUGGUGAAGCUGACGAGGUCCGGGAGUUGCUUCUCGACCCUGUCUAGUUGA